UUCCAUAAAUGUAGUGGUGUAGAGGGUCGUUGAAAUGUCAUCCUAUCUCACUCUCACUCUCACGCCUCCCACUCCUAAACACUCCUCUCCACCCUCCGCCACCGUCUCCGCCACUCCCACCGCCGCAGAGCCCCGUUCUCCUUCCGCAUGGAUCGACCAUCUUCGCCUCCAAGCUCAAUCCUCCUCCUUCCUCCAAGCCAUCUCCACCUACGCCAACAUGGUCGCCGCCGGCGUCCCCCCCGACAACUUCGCCUUCCCCGCCGUCCUCAAAGCCGCCGCCGGUGUCAAUGACCUGAACCUCGGGAAGCAGAUUCACGGCCACGUCUUCAAAUUCGGCUACGCUUCCACCUCCGUCGCCGUCGCCAACUCCCUCGUCAACAUGUACGGCAAGUGCGGUGACCUCGCCGGUGCCCACCACGUGUUCGACAGAAUCUCCGACCGCGACCAUGUUUCGUGGAACUCCAUGAUCGCCGCCGCGUGUCGGUUCGAGGAGUGGGAGCUGUCCCUGCAGUUGCUCCGGCUGAUGCUGUCGGAGAAUGUCGACCCCACGUCCUUCACUUUGGUCAGCAUUGCUCAUGCGUGUUCCAACCUGCGUGAUGGGUUGAGCUUAGGGAAGCAAGUGCACGCUUACACUUUCAGGAAUGGUGAUUGGAGGACGUUCACUAACAAUGCUUUGGUUACCAUGUAUGCAAAGUUAGGGAGAAUUGAUGAAGCUAAGGCUUUGUUUGGUCUGUUUGAUGAUAAAGACUUGGUGUCUUGGAACACUGUUAUAAGCUCACUCUCUCAAAAUGAUAGAUUUGAAGAAGCAUUGUUGUUUCUGUAUCAUAUGCUUCAAAGUGGAGUUAGGCCUGAUGGGGUUACCUUGGCAAGUGCUCUGCCUGCUUGUUCUCAUUUGGAGAUGUUGAGGACUGGAAAGGAAAUACAUGGUUAUGCCUUGAGGAACACAGAUUUGAUUGAUAACUCUUUUGUUGGAAGUGCUUUGGUGGACAUGUAUUGCAAUUGCAAGAAAGCUGAUAAGGGCCGAUGGGUUUUUGAUGGGAUAUUGAGGAGGACGGUGGCGGUUUGGAAUGCCAUGAUUGCUGGUUAUGCACGCAAUGAGUUUGAUGAUGAAGCUAUAAAACUCUUCAUUGAGAUGGUUUAUGAGUCAGAUUUUACUCCGAAUUCCACGACUUUAUCGAGUCUUUUGCCUGCUUGUGUUCGUUGUAAAGCAUUUUUGGACAAGGAAGGCAUCCAUGGUUAUGUAGUGAAAAGGGGGUUUGAGAAGGAUAAGUAUGUGCAAAAUGCACUAAUGGACAUGUAUUCCAGAAUGGGAAGGAUUGAGAUUUCAAAGAGCAUAUUUGGCAGCAUGGAUAGGAGGGAUAUAGUUUCUUGGAACACGAUGAUCACUGGUUAUGUUGUUUGCGGGCGCCAUGAUGAUGCACUUAAUCUCCUGCAUGACAUGCAGAGAGGUCAAGACGAUGAAUAUGAGGAUGAUGAAAGCAUUCCCCUGAAGCCAAAUUCAGUGACUCUGAUGACAGUGCUUCCUGGUUGUGCUGCCUUGGCAGCGCUUGGUAAAGGGAAAGAGAUUCAUGCUUAUGCUCUCAAACAAAAGCUGGCAACAGAUAUUGCUGUGGGGAGCGCACUAAUUGACAUGUAUGCAAAAUGUGGUUGCUUGAACCUAUCUAGGAUAGUCUUUGAUCAAAUGCCUACAAGAAAUGUCAUCACUUGGAAUGUUCUUAUAAUGGCUUAUGGGAUGCAUGGUAAAGGAGAAGAAGCUCUGGAGCUUUUUAGGAGAAUGGUAGCAGAAAAAGAUAGCAAUAAGGAAAUAAGGCCCAAUGAAGUUACCUACAUUGCCAUUUUUGCAGCUUGCAGUCACUCUGGGAUGGUGGAUGAAGGCCUUAACUUAUUCCACACAAUGAAAGCUAACCAUGGGAUUGAACCGUCAUCUGACCAUUAUGCUUGCCUUGUGGACUUGCUUGGGCGAUCUGGUCGGGUUGAAGAGGCGUAUAAACUGAUCAAAACAAUGCCAUCCAAUAUGAAAAAGGUAGAUGCAUGGAGUAGCUUGCUUGGUGCCUGUAAGAUCCACCAGAACUUAGAAGUCGGUGAAAUUGCAGCGAAGCAACUAUUGGUCUUGGAGCCAAAUGUGGCUAGCCAUUAUGUUCUGUUGUCAAACAUAUACUCUUCAGCUGGACUUUGGGACCAGGCAAUGGAUAUUAGGAAGAAAAUGAAGGAAAUGGGAGUGAGAAAAGAACCUGGGUGUAGUUGGAUUGAGCACCGUGACGAGGUUCAUAAGUUUUUGGCUGGGGAUGCUUCACACCCACAAAGUAAAGAACUCCAUGAAUAUCUUGAAAAUCUGUUACAAAGAAUGAGAAAGGAGGGGUAUGUACCUGAUACUUCUUGUGUGCUUCACGAUGUGGAUGAUGAAGAGAAAGAAACAAUGCUCUGUGGGCAUAGUGAGAGAUUGGCAAUAGCUUUUGGCCUUUUGAAUACCCCUCCUGGAACUACCAUUAGAGUUACCAAAAACCUUCGGGUUUGCAAUGACUGCCAUGUUGCCACUAAAUUCAUAUCAAAGAUUGUGGACAGGGAAAUCAUUCUUAGAGAUGUUAGAAGGUUCCAUCAUUUCAGAAAUGGAACUUGCUCUUGUGGGGAUUAUUGGUAAAAAAAAAUGAUUAUGAUUCUUUCUACUUCAUUUACCUCAACCUCCUCUUGCUCCCAGCUUAAAUCUUGUAUCAUUGAACCUGUGUAGUUAAUCUGGAUAAGUAACAAUCUGUACAGAAUUCCAUACUA